UGUUAAAAUGUGAACUUCCAAAGUUAUUGAGAUAUCUUUUAACCAGUGUUUUCGAGUCAUGAUUUCGCUAAUACGUUUUGCUCAGUUUUCCAUUUUAUUUUCCUGGUUUUUGUUACUAUCGCGUGGCACGGCAUUUGGUGCUACAAUCUUUACUGGAAGUCCGAAAUAUAACAUCAGUCAGCGAACCCUUAUCAACGAUGCACCCUAUCAAGUGUCGGUACGUUUGAAGGUGUAUGAACAAUUGGGCGGCUACGGCUAUGGCCAUCUAUGUGGCGGCGCUGUUAUAUCACAGAAGACCGUAGUUACAGCAGCGCAAUGCGCUUUGAACACCGCAGUUAUGACGCGCACCUAUCGUGAUCCCGAAGAAUACACGUUGGUUAUGGGCGGCAGUUUUCUGCUGGAGAAGAAUGCAUACGUAUUGCAAUAUGAUGUACAGGAAAUCUUGCCACAUCCCCAAUUCAAUUCGACAUCUUUGGAUAAUGACAUAGCACUGCUGUUUAUUGACGGUGAGAUACCUUGGCUUUGGCCUACAGUCAGGCCAAUUUCCUUACAAACCAUUGCAGUGGCAUCCAAUAGCACAUGUCGCUUUGGUGGUUGGGGUAAGAUGAUAUGGCAACAAAGCAGUCUCUCUGAUGUACUGCUAAUGGCGUCCAUUCCCAUGGUCGGCUAUACUGCCUGUUAUAAAAAUUACGGUUUCAUUCCAGUCGGGAUGUUGUGUGCAGGCUACAUGCAAGGCGGUGUUGAUGCUUGUGAAGGCAAUUCUGGCGCACCGCUGGUGUGUAACGGUCUGCUUACAGGUAUAGCUUCAUGGGGCAUUAGUUGCGGUCGUCCGGGAUAUCCGGGUAUCUAUACGAAUAUUUCCAAUUAUAUAUCUUGGAUUCAAACUGUAAAUACUUCAGUGAAAAGCAGUGAUACCAUCAGCUCGGAAAUAAGCUCUUCUGGUACCUCGAAACUUAUGGCCGAUUUUUUCACUGCUUUUAUGUUUUAUGGUUUUUUUGAGCUUACUGAAUUCGGAUUAAAAACAUUUAUUUAA